CACCCACCCAAAAUUGGACCCUCCUGCCGCUGCUCUUUUUACUCUCCCUGAACUCCCAACUCUGAAACUUGGCCUCCCUUCUUUGUUGUUCAAAGGGGAGAGGGAGAGGGAGAGGGAGAGUAGAGAGAUAAUUGGUGGUUAAAAAUGAUGGAUGGGAACGAAAUGAGCUUGGGGUUCGAGAAUUUGGUAUUUAACAGGAACUGGGCUUUGGGAGGAGGGAGGCUGAGCUGCUCCCUUGUCACUGGCUUUCUGGGGAGCGGCAAGACCACGCUUGUUAACCACAUCCUCAAUCACAGAGCAGAUCUCCGCAUCGCAGUCCUCGUCAAUGAGUUCGGAGACACCGACAUCGACUCCCUCCUCCUCAACCCCUCUCACUCCAAUUCAGCUUUCGACCUCUCCACUCUGUCUCUCACCCAUGGUUGCCCCUGUUGCCAUGUCCAUGGGCCUUUCAGAGACGCUCUCCAGAAGAUCGUUAACAGCAAGCACAAUUUCGAUUGCCUGCUCAUCGAGACAUCUGGCUUGGCGAGCCCAGACAAGUUUGUGAAAGAGCUUGAGGAGGUUGGCAUUUGCCUUGGUUACACAGUGACCGUGGUGGAUGCUGAGGCCCUUCCCAAGAUAUUGAGCUUGGGCAUUGCAAGGCAACAGUUACAACUUGCAGACCUUGUCUUGCUUAACAAGUGUGAUUUGGCAAACCUUGGUCAAAUCUCGAAUGCAGAAGACAUCAUAGAGGAGCAAGCUAGAGGGGUGAAGGUUGUGCGUUCACAGUUUUGUAAGGUUCCUCUUGAUCUUGUCAUUGAUGUGAGCAGGCAUGUGCCUCCACCUACAAUUUCGGACAAAAUAAGUAUUCCAGGGGUUCUGUCUCAUGAAGCUUUACCAAGAAUGACUUUCCAGACACAAACAGAUAUGAUGAGCGGUAUUCCUUCUUUCAGUGAUGCAAAGGAUAAAUAUUCAGGUGUUUGUAAGCCUUGGAAAUCCAAGAAUGUGAAGCAUGGGUUGGAACAAGAGGAUAAAUCUUUCUCAUCAUUGACGUUUGAAAGUGAUCUUCCCUUAUCUCUGGCAUCAUUCCAGUCCAUGGUCUUGAGGAUGAUGUUUGGUAUGCCAGGACUGCUACGAGCUAAGGGUGUGCUAUGGUUUGAGGAAGACAGAAGAAAUCGAUAUGUUUUCCAUUGGAGUGGGAUCAAGAGAGUUGAAUCUGUUUGUAGUGGGCCUUGGGAAUCACCUCCAAAAUGUUGCCUUGUACUUAUUGGCACUGAUAGAGUUGAACUGGAAGCUAUUUAUUCCCAGUUGUUAAAGACAAGUGAUUCUGGGAAGGACAAAAGUGCUCCAAAUGAAGAUUCUGCGCUAGAACAUGCUGAACGUUUCUGCAAGAAAGUUGAAAUGGAUGGCAGAUUUAAGGUGCUUCAACCAGAGACCGGACCAGUCAUAGUCUUUGGCCUUAAGGCUUCACCUCUGCGUGGAGUACAUGAACCAGAAUUAAAUGGAGCAUUGAUGCGGCUUAUUAAUGGUAAAGCAAAUAUCUUUCUAACUUCUGCCGCUUCUAAUCAGGAGUACAAUCUGCAACUCUUAUUUCAUAAAGAUUCCAAUCCAGAUGAUGCAUGGAAUGAGAUCAGGGCAGCUGCUACAGUAGUUAUUGCAAAAGUUUGCAAGAACUUUUGUCCAUGCAGGUCGGAUCUGUCUGCGCAUGUCCACUAAUGUUGGAUAGUAACGACAAAUGGAGUUUAUUUUCGAACCCAAUCUGCCUAGAAAGGGUAGACAAACCCAUGGGAAAAUAUCAAGCACAUGAAGGAUACCCAUAAGCAUAAUUGACAAUUCUGAUUCCUCAUAAAUCUGUGGUGAGAGAAGGUGUAGAGGAAGAAGUUCAUGUCCAGAGCUCAACUGGAAGGCACUUGUUCCAACCUUGAGAUUCAGAAAUCGGAACCCAUAUAUUACCUAUCUACCUAUCGAGAAAAUGUCGAAUACGAGCUUUGGAAGAACCUGCAAGUGGCACCUAGCUUUUCUAUUGCAAUGGUGAAUGCUUUCCCUCGAUAAUGUACGCCAGUGGAGGUUACUUUCUUCUUUGUGGGAGUUGAUUUGGAAACAAGUGCCCUUUCAUUACAUUCAAGCUGAUCACUCAAAUAGGUGAACUUUAGGGGGCCUUGGCAGCUUAUCAGUAUGAACUCAUUUCAAUUAGUGGCAGGUGCCAUCGCAUUUGAUGCACAUUGUAUGAUGUCUAUAACAUAUUUCUUUUUUGACAAAUGUUUUAUAACAUAUUUCUUUCUUCUAUUUCA